AUGUUUCAAACAGCUUUUUUGGUGCUUUGUCUUAUCGCUUCGGUUGUACCAUUGACAUCGGCUGAUGAUGAUGGCAAAGAUACGACGGAUGUUUGUCUGGCCAAAUGUCAAAAUUCGGAAUUUGUCGUUCGUUGUCAAGAUGUUUGUCAUCGCAUUGAAGAAAUUCGACGUCGACUCUUCCCCAAAAUGGAAUCAAAUUCCAACGAUCUGUACUCAUAA